AUUAGAGAAAAUUAGGACUCUCGUGUAUUAUAUUUAUAUAAGCUAUAUUUAGUCUGCUUAACAAAGGAGAGUUUGCCCCUAUUUAUAGUCUAUUCCUACCGUAUACAAGGCAUGUAAUAUUUCAUGCGCUACAUUAUCGGCAAUUCACCAGUCAUGCAUCAAUCGUGGCGGGGAAUCAAUCAUCAACUCCCCUCAAUCCCAUGAUUUGGGGAAUCACACCUAAUUCUGGACCGUUCCUCAUGCGAUGGCUCUCUCGUUAGCUCAAUCGACCUUCUUCAUCUCUACUAAGCCCUCAGCGUUCCUUUGCAGAAAUGGCGGAAUCCUUAAGCGAUGCAAUAUUCUCGCUCAUUUCUCUACAUCUUUGUCCUUAUCCUCCUACCCUGCCGCUGCUAUGCCUGCACAGAACAGAGCCGCCUUCCACCGCGAGAAGUGGAGGGCACCCGUUGCAUCAGCCCUUGAUCUUGGCGGCCUCAAGAUUUCCAGAGAUGAGAUAGUGAGAGAUGACCCUACAAACAACAUCCCAGAUACCAUAUUCUCAAAGCUGGGAAUGCAGCUCCAUAGGAAGAAUCAACAUCCACUUGGUAUCCUGAAAAAUGCAAUCUAUGAUUACUUUGACACUAAGCAUCUAAACAAAUUUGACAAGUUCGAUGAUUUGUGCCCUAUCGUUUCUAUUAAACAGAACUUUGAUGAUGUAUUGGUACCUGCCGAUCAUGUUAGCAGGAGUUACAAUGAUACAUAUUAUGUGGACUCUGAAACUGUUUUAAGGUGCCACACAAGUGCGCAUCAAGUGGAUUUAUUGAGUAAGGGUCAUACUCAUUUCCUUGUGACGGGAGAUGUUUAUCGCAGGGACUCCAUUGACUCAACUCAUUACCCAGUAUUCCACCAGAUGGAAGGGGUACGGGUCUUUUCUCCGAAGGAUUGGGAGGGAUCAUGCACUGAUGCCACAUCUUAUGCUGCUGCCGAUCUAAAGAUAUGUCUUGAGGGUUUGGCACGACAUUUGUUCGGUGCUGUGGAAAUGCGGUGGGUGGACACAUAUUUUCCCUUUACCAAUCCAUCAUUUGAAUUGGAGAUAUAUUUUCAGGAGAAGUGGAUGGAAGUAUUGGGUUGUGGGGUAACAGAGCAAGAAAUACUGAAAAGAAGUGGGAGAAUGGAUGAUGUUGCUUGGGCUUUUGGACUUGGACUGGAACGAUUGGCAAUGGUUCUGUUCGAUAUUCCAGAUAUUCGUCUUUUCUGGUCUACUGAUGAGCGUUUUACUUCUCAAUUUUCAAGCUCCCAACUUGGUGUGAAGUUCAAGCCAUUUUCUAAGUAUCCUCCAUGUUACAAAGACAUGAGCUUCUGGAUCAGCGAUUCAUUCACCGAAAACAACCUUUGUGAAGUUGUUAGAGGAAUCGCUGGGGAUCUCGUGGAAGAGGUUCGACUUAUCGACAACUUCACGAAUAAGAAAGGAAUGACGAGUCACUGUUAUAGAAUUGCUUAUCGGUCCAUGGAGCGGUCACUCACUGAUGAGGAAAUAAAUGAGUUGCAGUGGAAAGUAAGAGAACAAGUGAAGAGCAAAUUGAAUGUUGUCUUAAGAUAAGUAUUNCCCCCCCCCCCCCCCUUUUUCUUUUCAUUCUUCUCUGAACCUUGGUAUUUUAAUUUCAUUUUGUUUUGUGUAUUUCAAUUCUUCAAUUCCUUUUAAGCAGUUUCCAUCAACAUUAAUGUGUAUCAGAAGCGCAGCUACAAUUUAUUCUAGGAAGAUUGUACGCCAAUACACUCACCUUUGGGAGUAUUGAACGAAAUUUUAUAUAUUUCCUCCGUCCCAAAAUGAAUUACACUCUUCACU